UGUGAGUGCGCGCCUCAGCGAUGACGUUGGAGGAAAGACAAGCGAGUGACUGCAAUGUACAAGUCAGGGUUAUCUGAUCUCGCAAAUACACAUAGACUCAGAAUCAAUGAAUCUCAAGUGUGUGUGUGUGUGUGUGUGUUUUGGCUGUGUGUCGCGUUGCGGUCGAAGAGUUGAGAAGAUCCUCAAAGAUGAACGUCAGCACUUUGAUUGACGGGAAACUUGCAGGGUGUGUGUGUGUGUGUGUGUGUGUGUGUUUUGGGGCGUUCAGAGGGUUAGGAUAAAAAGCGGCGCACUUGAGAGGACAGACGACGCAGGCUGACCGCGAUGGCGAUGACGUCUGAAUCCAAACAGGUCACAAGUCUCCGUGCAGAUCAUUUGUCAUGAUUGGCGCAGUGACGCAAAGAAUUGCUGUUCCAAGCCGACGACGGUGCGGCCUGACGUCCGUCUUGUCUUGUCCUUCGGGCUUCAAGCGGACGCCGGCGUCAUCGCGCGACGCUGAGAAAAACGUGUCGAAACGUCCUCUCCAUCGAUGACGUCGCACCGUGUGUGUGUGUGUGUGUGUGUGCGUGUGGGGUCGGGACGAUGGCUCGACCUGACACAAGCCCAAAGUUUUUCUGCUCGUCCGUUCACGGCUUGAAAGGCCACAAAUUGAGUCAUCCGACCGUGCGGACCGCUGUGUUUGUGUGCCGGCGGCUUCCAGGGAAAUGGAACUUUUGCGUCAAGGAUCACGGCGGCCGCAGUUUGUUUGCGAGGCCGACCUGGUCGACGUUCGUGUGUCUGCAAUCAGGGUUACUAUGGCGAUGGGCUGGUGUGUGUCGAGUGAAAUCCAUACCUCGAAGGAAACGGUGGUUGCCAUGCCAACGCAGACUGGUUCACAUUGACCCUGAACAAAGCGUCGUGCAGCUGCGCGGACGGUUCCGCGGGAGACGGACGCAACUGCGAGCCGCUCCACUCGGCUCAGAAGCGCAGCGUGCGAGGGCGUGUUUUGUUCACCGACUCUCUGCGACCCUGCCAGGAUCAUCACGAGGAGCUGGCGGCAUCUCCAACCCGGUUUACGAGGACGAACCGGAACCGGACUCCGCCACCUCGGCCGACGCCGCAGAGGUGGAGGUGCCUGAGGCCAACAGGCCGCCGGAAGACCCGCUGCGGUCGGGCUCGGGCCUUUUACAAAUUGUUGAAACGUGUGAUGAAAGAGUUUAAAAUGUAACUUGCCACACUAAAGUCAGUGAAAGGGGGCGGGGGGAAGCCGUUUGGGGGAUUUUUAUUUGUUCUUCAUUUACACAUGGCACAACCCCCAAACAAAGUAGUUGCUGCUUUCCCCUCUCAUGCUCCUCAAACGCGCCCCGAUACACAGACUCACAGCAUGAAACCUGUCAGUGCGUGCGUUGCGCAGGAGGGGCAGCGUUCCCCAGCUCGAGGUCUUCAGGGCUCGGCCUCCAACCUGUCCCGGUUCUAUGCUUUUGUAUUUUAUCGUAAGUGGUACAGCAUGUUUAAUAAACGCGUUUCAGAUGUGUUCAAAAGUUUCA